UGAAGCGGAUAUGAGUGAAAAUGACAGAAAGGAGCUCUCUGAAAAACUAAAUCAAAUGUCGGAGGACUAUAAAAAAGCAUUACCGAAGCUCACUGAACGACUAAAGCAACUGUAUGAACAGAAUAUCCCAGAACAACUGUUCAAGUUUUCUGAACAAGUUAAGCAAAUGACCUUGACAGAUGAAACGGAGACAUCUCAACAAGAAACUGUUGCUGAUGUCACACAAAAAGAGACACCGAGAUCAGAGAUCAGAGAAGGUGAAAGGAAACGGUUCAUUGUUGUUGAAGAGACUGCCAUAAGUAAAGCGUUUGGUGCUGAUAAUAUAUUGAGAGACAGACAGGGCAGGAAGAGCAUUGCAAUCAGAGCUGAAGAUGAUGAAGUUCAGAGUCAGACACAUGGAUUAGAUGGAAACUCUCCUGGAAAUGAACUAAACGAGCUAAAGGAUUUGACCGAGGAUGUGAAGAUCUCUGAACAAGAAACACGUGCCGAUGUCACACAAGAAGAGACACCGAGAUCAGAGAUCAUAGAAGGUGAAAGUGAACGGUUCAUUUAUGUUCAAGAGACUGCCAUAAGUAAAGCGUUUGGUGCUGAUAAGAGAUUGCGAGACAGACAGGGCAAAAAGAGCCUUGUAAUCCGUAAAACCAAGACUGAAGAUGCUGGAGUUCAAACGCAUGGAUCAGAUGGAAAAGCUCCUGGAAAUGAACUGAAAGAGCUGAAAGAAGAAUCAACAGGAAAAGACGUGAAUGAAGAAAAACUUUUAUGAGCCAAAAGGAAGAGGAUGGAUCAAAUGAGUAGAUAUAGAAGAGCUCAGUUUAGUGAGAUAAGACACGCCCACCAGUGUCAAUCACUGUGACCUCAUCAACAUUUCAGUUCUUUCACAAGCCUCUAGAAUCCAUCCAGUCAAAGUGAGAACCCCAUGUCUCUUGUGUAAAAAGCUGUUUUGGUUUCAGAUGAACAGGGGAAUGUGUUAAUGAAAUAAUGUCAUAUAUAACUGUAUUAAUGUUACACUACAUACCUGUUAUCCUAAGAUGUGUUUUACCACAGAAGUAUCUCUCAAACCAUUGUAUGUGCUGUACACGGUUAAUGUCCUCGUUCAGCUUUGAUCCCAGUGUCUCUAAAGAUCACAUGACCUUCUCCUCAUGUGUAGAAAUUAAUCUGACUAUAUUCAGUAUUCAGUGUCAAUGUGACACUUUUGUUGCAGAAAUUAACCAACUACUUUAAGUUACCGUUCUUUUUCAACUUUGCAUGUUUUAUGCUAUAUAAAAUAACCAUGCUUAAAUAUGUUAUCCAAAGAUAUGUUUUAAAGGAAAUCUGUUUCAACAUCCUUUAAUCAAAUUACAAAUGUGACCUGAAUUUAGAGUGUAUUACGUCCAGAGACGUAUUUGUUUCUCUCUAUUUAGCAGGAAGUAAUUGCUGCCAACUGACUCCAAUGAUUGGUUGUCUGCUGUGUUUGGAGGAAUUUAUGCCUUGUUGAUUGGGUUUCUCUUCAGUGUUAUUGUAUUAACACUCUUGUUGUAAUUGGUGUUUAUGAAAAAGAAAUACUUUCUGGUUUGUAAGCUACUAUUUGUUUGUGUAUUAUUCUUAAUUCAUUUAUAUUAUUUUUGGGGGGAAUUGGUUAGUAGAGUGGUGGGUGCCAUUUUUUUUUUUUUUUUACUUGUUUUCUCCUGUUCAAGCUAUUUGGGGAGUUAGUGUAUUUUGUUGUAUUUUUCUUUUAAUAGUUUAGUUAGUUUUUCUCUCUACUGGUUAGAGGGGUUAUGUUUGUUUGGCCUUUGCCUCCUCUUGAAUCCUUGUAAUCCUCUGACAAUCACAAAAUAAAAGAACUUGUUUUUGAUACUGAGUUGAUUUUGGUCAUUGUGAAAGCACUGGGAUUGGGAACCGGACCUUGUUGCCUCCACACAUCACACCAUUUUAUUCUCUUACAUGUUCUUCCAUCAAUAGACUAUAAUGGGAACGUUUAAAAAUUUGGGAGCUUGUUUAUCAGUAACAAAAUGUAAUUUAUCUUUAUUUUUGUUAUCU